AUGGCCGAUCCACUAGCCUCCCCGCGUCCUCAUCUACAGUCCACAAAAAGCUUCGACCCUAGAACACCGGUCGCGCUCGAGAAGCCUAAGGAAGACCCUAUCUCAUACGAGGAGCUGCAAAAGCAUGAUGGUUCGGAUCCGAAUCACCCCGUAUGGGUUGCUGUGAAAGGCACCAUUUUCGAUGUUUCUCGGAAUAAUGCAUACGGACAAGGCGGAAACUAUCAUGUCUUUGCUGGCAAGGAUCCCUCGCGCGCCCUUGCAAUGUCGAGCUUGAAGCCCGAAGACUGCGUCCCCGACUGGUCGGAUCUUGAAGACAAGCACAAGACCGUUCUGGAUGAGUGGUAUACCUUCUUCAGCAAGAGGUAUAAUAUCGUUGGCAAGGUCAGUCAUGAAGCUAAGCUCUAG